CGCAGAGCCGCUGACGUCAUACAUCUACAGGUCAAUCAUAUAUCUGCAAACUACGAAAAAGGCCUACCCCUACGGCUACAGGCUUUGCACAGACCAAGCUAGUGUUUGGUAAUGAGUUCAGGGCUUGGCUGGACAUACCCGUGCACAUCGACGAAUACAAUUUGCACAUGUGCGGCGUUGAUAUUGCCGAUCAGCUGCGUAGCUACUACAACACCCAGAAGAUUCAUUGCAAAACGUGGCGGCCGCUGUUCAGCUUCUUGCUAGACACCGUCAUCACCAACUGCUACAAGCUAUCAAGCUACCAGCUACCGGCUGGCCGGGGUGGUAGGAAGGAUACCCACCUACAAUUCCGCGAGGACCUCUACGUCCAACUUUGUAAGGCCUCACAGCAGGUAAGACGACAGCGGCGUCCUAGGAACGAUAGGAAGGGCACCAACGACGUCAUCUGGAGGCCGGUGGCCGAACACAAGCUUGUAAGGCUGUGGAAGAAGCCUCAAAAUUGCAGUGCCUGCAUUGAAGCCGGUCGGAAGGUUACAAAUAAGCUGAUUGAGGCUAGGAAACCUCUAGCGGACUUAUCGGUCAACACUACUAAGAAAUUAAGGUGUAGCCAGGACUGGAAGCGACCAAAUCGGUGUCGUAGGACUCGGUACGGUUGCUCGGUGUGUUCAAUUCCUUUCUGUACAACACCGGGCUCAGCUACUUCUAUUUGCACGGGAUGGAAGGAUCACAUGGCCUAGCUCAACUCUCUAGACUAGCUUGUAUAUAGCUGCUACACGUAUUUGAAUUACCUUAGCUGGGUGUAGUCCUCAUCACGGGGGCCAGAUUCGGAGCCUCUGAUUGGCCGAAUCCUUAUCGAUAACUGUGGACGUAAAUCAGCGUGCGAAGGGAUAGCGGUCGGGUGAAAACCUUGUUUUCUACAGUGUAUAACGCCUUGCGUUCCUUUUGUUUCUGCGCGGCUGUGGGGGACGCGUGGCAGCUCUGUGAGCAU